GUCAAAAAACUGCACGAGAUGUUGGGACCGCACAUGCUGCGUCGUCUCAAGGCCGAUGUGCUGAAAAACAUGCCCACCAAGUCCGAGUUCAUUGUCCGUGUCGAGCUGUCUCAAAUGCAGAAGAAGUACUACAAGUACAUUCUGACCCGUAACUUCGAGGCUCUGAAUCCGAGGGGAGGUGGUGGCGCCUGUUCCCUAAUCAACAUCAUGAUGGACCUGAAGAAGUGCUGUAACCAUCCGUAUCUGUUCCAAGCGGCUGUCGAGGAGGCACCGUUGGGUCCCGGCGGAAGCUACGAAAUCCAAUCGCUGACCAAAGCGGCCGGUAAGCUGGUCUUGCUGGAAAAGAUGCUCAAGCAACUGAAGGAGCAAGGACAUCGUGUGUUGAUCUUCUCGCAGAUGACAAAGAUGUUGGACAUUUUGGAGGACUUCCUGGAAGGUUUCGGCUACAAGUACGAACGUAUCGAUGGUGGUAUCACCGGAACGCUUAGGCAGGAAGCCAUCGAUAGAUUCAAUGCUCCUGGAGCGCAACAGUUCUGUUUCCUUCUCUCUACCAAGGCCGGAGUGGGUAUUAAUUUGGCUACCGCUGAUACCGUCAUCAUCUACGAUUCGGAUUGGAAUCCUCACAACGAUAUCCAGGCCUUCUCUCGUGCCCAUCGUAUCGGUCAGGCCAAUAAGGUCAUGAUCUAUCGGUUCGUAACGAGGAAUUCCGUGGAAGAGCGAGUCACACAGGUGGCUACGAAAAUGAUGUUGACCCAUUUGGUGGUGCGACCUGGAAUGGGAGGUAAGGGAGCCAAUUUCACCAAACAGGAAUUGGACGACAUUCUGCGAUUCGGUACGGAAGAGCUGUUCAAAGAGGACGGAAAAGACGAAGAAGCUAUCCAUUACGAUGACAAAGCCGUUGCCGAGUUGCUGGAUCGUUCCAACAAGGGUGUGGAAGAAAAGGAAAACUGGGCCAACGAGUAUCUGUCAUCGUUCAAGGUGGCCUCCUAUUCGACAAAGGAAGACGUCGAAGAGGAAGUCGUGGGGCUACAAUAA